AUGAGGGAUAACAAAACAGAGAUGAGGGACAACAGGGCAGAGAUGAGGGACAACAGGGCAGAGAUGAGGGACAACAGGACAGAGAUGAGGGAUAACUGGGCAGAGAUGAGGGACAACAGGGCAGAGAUGAGGGACAAAGGACAACAGGACAGAGAUGAGGGACAACAGGGCAGAGAUGAGGGACAACAGGACAGAGAUGAGGGACAACAGGACAGAGAUGAGGGACAACAGGGUAGAGAUGUGGGACAACAGGACAGAUAUGAGGGACAACAGGGUAGAGAUGAGGGACAACAGGGCAGAGAUGAGGGAAAACAGGGCAGAGAUGAGGGACAACAGGACAGAGAUGAGGGACAACAUGGUAGAGAUGAGGGACAACCGGACAGAGAUGAGGGACAACAGGACAGAGAUGAGGGAAAACAGGGUAGAGAUGAGGGACAACAGAACAGAGAUGAGGGACAACAGGACAGAGAUGAGGGACAACAGGACAGAGAUGAGGGACAACAGGGCAGAGAUGAGGGACAACAGGACAGAGAUGAGGGACAACAGGACAGAGAUGAGGGACAACAGGACAGAGAUGAGGGACAACAGCAGAGAUGA